UUGUAAUUUUAUUCCGAAAUAAAGUGUAUUUAGUAAGGAAUUUAGUGAGGAAGCAGUUUUGUAAUGGAUUGGAUGGAGGGUUGUAUGCAGAGUAGAAUACAUUCUUAUGAAUGUUCUGUAAAUCUUUGUUGGUGGCGAUACGUAUGACAUCUAUUAGACUUCAAAAGGAGCAAGUCACACUGACAUAAGUUCCUCUGACCUUUAUUAUAUCACGAUUUGUUAAAAUGUUUUCCUAGAUGCAUUUCCUUUUGUGUGUAUGGAAACAUUCAGUAUAGUUUAUUAACUAUAAAGUAACUAAGCAUAAAAUUGUAAUGCUACUUUUACACUAAUUUUUAAUACUUCAUUUAUUAGCAGUCUUGCUUGAACAAUCUUUUUGAACAGAACUAAUACAAUAUUUUGAUGUGCCACAGGUAAAUAUUUCCAUAACCUUAUGGAGAGAAAGGACUUUGAGACAUGGCUUGAUAACAUUUCUGUUACAUUUCUUUCUCUGACGGACUUGCAGAAAAAUGAAACUCUGGACCACCUGAUUAGUCUGAGUGGGGCAGUCCAGCUCAGGCACCUCUCCAAUAACCUGGAGACUCUCCUCAAGCGGGACUUCCUCAAACUCCUUCCCCUGGAGCUCAGUUUUUAUUUGUUAAAAUGGCUCGAUCCUCAGACUUUACUCACAUGCUGCCUGGUCUCUAAGCAGUGGAAUAAGGUGAUAAGUGCCUGUACAGAGGUGUGGCAGACUGCCUGUAAAAAUUUGGGCUGGCAGAUAGAUGAUUCUGUUCAGGACGCACUGCACUGGAAGAAGGUUUACUUGAAGGCUAUCUUGAGGAUGAAGCAGCUGGAGGACCAUGAAGCCUUUGAGACCUCAUCACUAAUUGGACAUAGUGCCAGAGUGUAUGCACUUUACUACAGAGAUGGACUUCUCUGCACAGGUAAGGGCCUGGGCAAGUGCCCAGGGUGGGGAAGCAGGGCUCCUCUCUCCUGACAAGACCGGUCUCUGUAAGCUUGCUCCCUCUU